AUGGGAUUGGCACGGUUUGUUGAUCACAAGGAGUUCGCUCCACUCAAGAAUGACCUGAUCCUGAGAGCUGCUAGAGGUGAGAAGGUGGAAAGGCCACCCUGCUGGAUUAUGCGUCAAGCUGGACGUUAUCUGCCAGAGUACCACGAAGUUAAGAAUGGUCGUGACUUUUUUGAGACCUGUAGGGAUGCGGAGAUUGCCUCUGAGAUCACCAUUCAGCCUGUGAGACGGUACGCGGGCCUGUUGGACGCCGCAAUCAUCUUCAGUGAUAUCCUGGUGAUUCCACAAGCGAUGGGGAUGAAAGUCGAGAUGGUCGAUGGUAAGGGACCGCAUUUCCCAACGCCUUUGCGGACAGAGAGCGAGUUGCGAACGGUUCUGGAAUAUGAAGUAGAUGUGUUGAAGGAACUGGAUUGGGCCUUUGAGGCUAUUACGUUGACCAGAAAGAAACUGGAGGGUCAAGUGCCACUUUUUGGGUUCUGUGGCGGUCCGUGGACGCUUCUGGUGUACAUGACUGAAGGUGGCGGUUCGCGCCUCUUCAGGUUUGCGAAGGAGUGGAUCAACAAGCGUCCAGAUUUGUCAAAGAAGUUGCUGCAGAAGAUUACGGACGUCGCAGUGGAGUUUCUCUCCCAGCAGGUUGUCGCCGGUGCGCAAAUCCUGCAGGUCUUCGAAAGCUGGGGCGGUGAGCUCUCGUGUGAUGACUUUGACGAAUUUUCCCUUCCAUACCUCAGACAGAUCGCUUCUAAGGUGCCCCAGAGGCUAGCGGAGCUGGGUAUCACUGAAAAAAUUCCUUUAGUCGUCUUCGCCAAGGGUUCGUGGUACGCCCUUGACAAGCUCUGUGACGCGGGCUACGACGUGGUGUCUUUGGACUGGCUGUGGGACCCAAAGGAGGCCUGCAGGAUCAACCACGGACGAGUUACUCUGCAAGGAAAUCUAGAUCCAGGUGUCAUGUACGGAACAAAUGAAAUGAUUACCAAGAAAGUCGAAAGAAUGAUAAGUGGUUUUGGUGGUGGUAAACAGCGCCAUAUCGUGAAUUUUGGACACGGCACCCAUCCGUUCAUGGACCCAGAAAAGAUCAGAUUCUUCUUGGAAGAGUGCCAUAGAAUUGGCUCCGAGAAAUAA